AUGGCGGACGAACCGAUGCCAGACGCUCCCGCGCCCGCGGCGAAGCCCCGACGCCGCUUCGCCCCUCAGCUGGUCGAGGAGACGGUCAAGUCAUCCAGCGACAGUAAUAACGGGCAGAAAGGCCGAGGUGCUGAGGACGGAAACGAACCAAUGCCAGAUGCUCCGGUGUCACCCAAAGCGAAACCCCCACGUCGUUUCGCUCCCCAGCUGGUCGAGGAGACAGUCAAGUCCUCGAACAACAGCAAGCGCGAGGCAGCCCCAGAGACUCGAGCAGCUCACGAGCCGUCAACGGACAUCCCACCGCCCAAGACAAAAGCCCCACGCCGUUUCGCUCCCCAGCUCGUCGAGGAGACCGUCAAGUCCUCGAGCAGCAAUAGGAGACAGAGCCCUCCAGAGACCCGAGAGUCGUCUGCCGCUUCUUCCAGCGGCAGGACGACGAGGGAUGCCUCCGUCCAAGUAGACGAUGUCGAGAUGGCAGACGCUCCUUCGGCGCCACCUCGACGGCGGUUCGCCCCCGUGCCGAUCGAAACGACAUUCGACUCGUACAGAGUGAACAAGAACCCCCACGGCCCAACGGCAGAGUUGACACCAGAUCCCUCGCCGACCGACGAGCUCCCGCCAGUGCCACAAUUGCCUUCAGCGCCCGUAAUUGAAACCAAAAAGACGUCGGACCACAAGCCGAAACGAAGAUUCGCACCACAGCUGAUAGAGACAUCGAGAAGAGCACGGAAGGCUGGUCAACAAGGACCGGCUACCAAGCCCACGGACAAGACAGACAUUACACCGGGUACAAAUCACAUAUACGCACCAAAGCCCAAGAGAAAGCCAGGACCUACUCGUGUUUCCAGCGCUGGAGUUGGGGAGAGCACCGAUGAGAGCCUGCGCUUUCUUAUAACGCCGCGGAGGCAGCAAUCUAUGAAGCCGCACCCAAACACGAGGCGCAGUACGCGAACAAGCUCUUUCCACCCAGACCUCGAUACUAUCCUGUCAUCCGAAUCAGACAAGUCCGGCGAGGAGGAUGAAGAAGAAGAUGGAGAAGAAGAGUCUAGUGUACCACCGUUCAGCAUUGGCGCGCCUGCGCGUGUCCCUUCGGACGGUGAGAGAUGGGCCAGCAGGAAUCCGGAUGCCAAGAACAGGAGAGAGUCCUGCGAUGAAGACUUCUCUGGCUAUUUACUUGCUGUUGCUGCAAGAGAGGCGUUUAGGCAACGCGAGCUUGAGGAAGUCAUGUCCGCGUUUCCCAACGGGUUGCCGCCAGAGGGUGUAGAGCAUUUCUUCGUGAGAGACAACUCCGAGGAUGAUAUACCUUGCGAGGAAGAGACUUUGAGGCAUGGCACAUCCAAGCUGCCAGCGCGUCGUAAAUCAACGGAUCCGGGAUGGGCUGUCAAGGAAAUGAGGCAACAUGCCGAGAAGUUGGCCGACCUGCGGGUAAGCAGCAGGCACAUGAGCGUGGACGACGAUACGGAUCAGGCCGAGAUGGCACCACCCCCUGAGGAUCCGCUAUGGACUACAGCCGGCCCACGUCCAGAACCACGCGACAGGCUGCUCGCAGAGUGCCAAAGCCCUCAUCUCAUAGCCUCUUCACCACGUCUCCAUCCUUCUGCUCACGGAGAACGAGCCUCGCCCCGUAUUCAGCCCGAAACUACUGGCUUCAAAUCUGGCCCAUUCGGAAACCCGUUCGCCACUUACAACGACAAAGAGGACCCCCAUCUUCGCCGCAUGCGCAAAGCUGCGUCUCCUCCAAUGCUGGGUGCAGAUCUGAAGUUUCGCACGUGCCCUAGUCCCAAGGCAACACGGAUGGAACCAGAUCACCCAUGGCCUACACAUGAAGCUUCGCGUCCGGAAGAGAAGCAGCGCGAUCAGUCUGAAGAGACAGGGCUCUGGCGUGGCUACUGUGUGGGCAAGGCCAACGAAGACAUGGCCCCUACCGACUUCCGUCAGCCUAAAUUCCUAGCCACGCCUGCAGAACCGUCGACUCCUGCCGACCCUUUCUCAGCAGCGUUCUCCAACAAUAUGGACAGUGGAGCGAUGAGCCCGCGUAUUCCAGGAUCACCAACAAGACGCGACCAACCCAAGGGCUUGCAUCUCUUAUCUGGUAUUGAAGAACGACUCAAGAAAGAACAGGCCCGCAAACUCCAAGAAGAGCAGUUCCUUGCCGAGUUUGACGAUCCCUUUGUGACGCAGGUUUACAACUACCUUAGCCUCGGCUAUCCCGCGACGGCCCGGGCGUUUGAUGAAGAGCUGAGUAAGAUCAGCGGCAUACCCGUCAACGUGCUACAAGCGGAUGACAACAAGGAAAUCGGUAAGGGGUUCAUGCUAGAGAUGGAGCUCAAGGUCAACGGUGACUCUGCAACCUCCGAUGACAGUGCCGACGAGAUGAGAACCCCGGAGGAGGAUGAGAAGAGAUCUCAAAAGCCACCGAGGUGGAGGGCGUUGCGAUUAUAUAUACGCGAGUGGGCUAGACAGCACCCUGGUAUGGGUGAUGAAGGGAAUCCACUAGCAUGGGGCGUACGAGCUAGACGAGGCAGUUGGGCCAUAUAG